AUGGCGUUCAGCUCGUCGUGGCAGCUCCUGUCCCCCGUGCAGUGGGCCAAGUGGACGUGGUCCGCCGUGCGGGGCGGAGGGGGCCCCGAGCCCCACGCCCCGGCCGCGGGAGACGGGCCGGCGCCGGAGGAGGACGCGCAGGGCGAGACCCGCUCGCUCAGCCCCAGUUCGGAUUCGGAAGGCAAUUUCGAUACCCCCGAGGCGGAGACCCCGAUACGCUCACCAUGGAAGGAGCUCCCAGACGAGUCCUUGCAACUGUACCGGCCUGAAGUUGAGCCCCAAGCAUCUCAGGAAGGUGACGCAGCCUCGGUAGCCAAAGUUUUGGAGAAGACCCUGCGGCAGAAAGACUCAGCUUCAGCAGAGGAUGAUUUGCAGGCGGACGCUGCAGUCCCACAAGCUGACAAGCUGCUGGCAUUAGAACCCGACGUUGGCACGGGUUCAUCCAUGACUCCCUGCGCGCCCACAACGAAGCUGUCUGCAGAACAGCCUGCAGCCGUUGCAGAGGAAAGGGCUCCUCUGGAGAAGUCAGCUCUAGACUGUGCUUCAGCCAGCUCUGUGCCGUCAGUUUCCCAAGAGGAACAACGGGGGACACCCCCAGAAGACACAGAGGUCCCAGCUGAAGGGCCUGCGGGAGCCAAGCUGAGUGGGGAAGCGCUCAUUGUGAACAAGAGCAAGCUCCCAAGAGCAAAACCUCUUGCCCUCCAGAAGAAAAUGGGAGGGGAGAACGCCGAAAGCGAAACAGCCACAGAGGGCAUCCCUGUCCCCAAAGCUUCCUACCGCUUUGACCCAGAGACAUACAACGAAAACGUUAACCCGUUCGUGAUGGGAGGCUCCAAGCUCCAAAACUCUCCCCCUGCAUCUCAGCAAGGCUUUGUCCUUCCAAAGGGUGAUGUAAAGGAGUCCAAUUUGGGGGCAGUCAGUGAGUUGGAGGGCCAGGCUGUGAGACUAGAAUUUGAUUUUGCGGAAGGAGAAGAGAGCACAGAGACCAAGAAAGCCCCGCCAAGGAAAACCGGCCGAAAGCCAGCCAGCAAAUUAUCUCCUAAAAGGCAAAGAGGCAGUGCCACCCGACCUGUGGCAGGCGCUGAGCAGGUGGCAAAAGCACCUGCUGCCGAUGCACUUGAGGUACCGCUUCCUAAGGUCACCCACCAGGUGGACAGCAGCCAAUGGGAUGACCCUAACUUCAAUCCCUUUGCAGGCAGCUCAGCUUUACAGAGCUCCCCUACAUUGCAAAAGGGUUCAUAUAAUUUCGAGACAGCGGACCCUUUCAAGCCCUCGGCUGGUGCCGGAGCUGACUCCUGCCCCACUGCAGAGAACAGCCUCAAUGAGAUUUUGGAGUCCCAGGUGCUGGAGAUCCAGGGAGGUGAACUGAAGAAAGGCUCCGCUUCACCAAAGGCCAAAUCACGGUUGAUAACGACUACUGAGCAAGUGAGAUUUCUCUGUUUUCUGUUGAGCGGCUGCAAGGUGAAGAAAUAUGAAACGCAGUCUCUGGUUCUAGAUGUUUGCACUAAGGAUGAAGAAGAUGGAGCGCUCCUAUCCCAUAUCCCAGACCUUACUAGGCUGGAUGGACGUGCCACAGAUGAAGAGAAACUGGCUUCUACGUCCUCUGGUCAGAAGCCAGCUGAGUCAGAGGUGAAAGGUGAGCCCGAGGAAGACCUGGAGUACUUUGAGUGUUCCAAUGUUCCUGUGUCUGCCAUAAAUCAUACGUUUUCAUCCUCAGGAGAAGGUUUUAGUAAGGAGCCAUCCUGUAAUCUGACAGAGAACAGUGGUCCCAGCAAUAUAUUGGACAAUUCUGAGCUGUGUUCUGCUGAGAAGUCCUCUGGAGUUACAGCGCCUGGCAUGAGGGGGGGUGCUGAAAGCCCCCUGGACGCCAUUUGCCUCAAUGAAUCGGAUAAGAUGGCAGUCCUGACUCUGAUCAGAGAGGAGAUCAUCUCUAAAGAGAUUGAAGCAAAUGAAUGGAAGCGAAAGUAUGAAGGAAGCCGGCAAGAGGUUUUGGAAAUGAGGAAGAUAGUGGCUGAAUACGAGAAGACCAUCGCCCAGAUGAUAGAAGAUGAACAGAGGACAAACAUGGCAUCCCAGAAGAGUCUCCAGCAGCUCACAAUGGAGAAGGAACAGGCGUUGUCUGACCUGAAUUCAGUGGAGAGGUCCCUGUCCGACCUGUUCAGGAGAUACGAGAACCUAAAGGGUGUCUUGGAAGGUUUCAAGAAGAAUGAAGAAGCCUUGAAAAAAUGUGCUCAGGACUACCUAUCUCGGGUCAAACAGGAGGAGCAGCGGUACCAGGCCUUGAAAAUCCAUGCAGAAGAGAAGUUAGACAAAGCCAAUGAAGAAAUUGCUCAGGUGCGUGCCAAGGCUAAUGGUGAGAGUGCAGCUCUUCAUGCUGGGCUCCGAAAAGAACAAAUGAAGGUGGAUUCCCUGGAGAGAGCCCUGCAGCAAAAGAACCAGGAAAUUGAAGAGCUGACCAAGAUCUGUGAUGAGCUGAUUGCCAAGCUAGGAAAGACGGACUGAUCCAUACGCUGUUGUCUAAAGCCCCAUGCUUGACUGCUUCCUGUUUGUCUGUCUGCAUCUUCAAGCAAGCACCUUGUCUUAUUUCCCAGAAAUAAUCUCCCCCUGCAGCAGAGAGAAAAGCACACGUAAACCUAGCUUCCAAACUGAGCAGUUGCCAUCUACAAGAUCCAGAGGCCCUGGCCUAUAUUCACUUCCAGCAUUUUGCUGGCCCAGACCCCCCUGGCUAAAUUUCUGCUGCUAACUUUUAGCUGGCAGCCCUGAUUCCUUGUA